AGACAUUUCUAGCUCAGAGUUUGGCCAUGUCAGAGACUGUGGACAGCGAUGUGGAUGAAUACGAUGAGCUAUCGGAGCUGCGACAACGCCAGAAACCCCAAACUCAACCCUCAGUGGAUGAGGCCUUCGAUUUGGAUGAUUUGCUGCCGACCAUUGGGGAAUUUGGCAAGUAUCAGAAGCUUUUGGUGUUUGGCAUUUGUCUGCCCGCCUGCAUUCCUUGCGGCUUUUGUGCCUUCAAUCAGCUGUUUAUGGCUGAUACUCCGGAUGACUAUUGGUGUCGCAUACCCGAACUGCUGGACAUGCAGCUGGAGCAGCGCAAAUACCUGGCCAUACCCAAGGAACUGGAAAACGAUGAGCUGGUCUACAGCAAAUGCCAUACGUACGGUGUUAAUUGGACGCAGCUGCUCGAAUCACUCGAAGACGAGGAUGACCUGACCACACUGGAACCAAACAGCACUUGGCCGGUGGUUAAGUGCAGUCAGGGCUGGGAAUAUAAUACCACCACUGUGUGGUCCUCGAUUGUGAUUGAUUUUGAUUUGGUGUGCGAUCAGGAUAUAUAUCCAACUGUUGGCUUGGCGGCACUCAACACUGGCGGACCUGUGGGUGUAUAUCUGUUUGGGUUGCUCAAUGAUCGUGCCGGCAGGCGACUGUCGUACUUCACCUGUUUGGCCACUUUGCUGGCGGGUAGUUUGAUGACUUCGCUGAGCAAGGACUUUUGGACUUGGGCUGGCAGUCGCGUCAUUGUGGGCCUGACCAUACCGGCUGUCUAUCAGAUACCCUUCAUCAUAUCUCUGGAGUUGGUGGGCGAGAACUAUCGUUCGUUUGUCACUGUGAUGACCUGCACCUUCUACACCUCGGGCAUUAUGCUGUUGUCGGUGAUCUGCUAUCUGGAGCGGGAUUGGGUGCGCCUCUCCUACAUCACAUCGCUGCCCUUCUAUGCCUAUUUCCUCUACAUGUUUGUGAUGCCGGAAUCACCGCGUUGGCUUCUGAUGCGUGGCCGCCUGGAAGAGGCGCUCAAGAUACUGGAACGCAUGGCUCUAGUGAAUGGACGACAGUUCCCAGAGGCAGUGCACAGCAAGCUGGAGGCACAAAUACGUCGCGACAAGCUCAAGAAGGAGAAGAAAAAGGUGGCCAAUGUGGGCCUGAGGGAUCUCUGUCGUACGCCCAAUAUGCGACUGAAAACAAUACUGAUUACGCUCAGCUGGUUUGCCAAUGAAACUGUCUAUCUGGGGCUCAGCUACUACGGACCCUCGCUGGGCACCAAUCAGUAUGUCAGCUUCUUUCUGUCGGCUGUGGUGGAGCUGCCCAGCUACCUCUGCUGUUGGUACUUUAUGGACACCUGGGGCAGACGUUGGCCACUCAGUUUGUCCAUGAUAUUGGGGGGCGUGGCAUGCGUCAUAACUGUGAUGCUGCCCGAUGAGGCAGUCGAUGAGACGCUUUAUCUGUAUUUGGUAUCCAAGGCCCUGCUCUCGGCCUCCUUUCUAAUCAUCUAUCCAUUUGCUGGCGAGCUGUAUCCCACACAAGUGCGUGGCAUAGGCAUUGGAGCUUCCAGCUAUAUCGGAGGAUUGGGUCUCAUUGUCAUACCCUUUGUGACGUAUUUGGGCAAGGAGAACCUCAAGCUGCCGCUGGUUAUCAUGGGGUUUGUUUCCAUGCUGGGCGGAAUGACGGGUCUGCGAUUGCCGGAGACGCUGCAUCAUCGUCUGCCGCAGACCAUUGAGGAGGGCGAAGAGUUUGGCAAGGACUGGCAGCUCAAGGACUGCUGCAGAUGCGCCCAAAAACAGAUUGUGCUCUCCCAGCCCACAUCGUAUGAGAAUCUGGAUGUCUUGGGUGGUUCAUCCAACACGGCCUCCGAGGCGGAGGUGGAACAACUGGAGCUGCGUGACAAUCGACGUGUACGCCAGCAGGCGCCCAUGAGUUCGAUCGAUGAGCGCACGCCAUUGGAGGGGACGGGAAUGGCCAGUGGAAGUCGACCCGUUCAUCGGCCGUCCAUGAAGCGUUUGGUGCGUCAGAUGAGCAUCAUGGAUACACAGCGAACCAAUGAUGGCACCAUGCAAUUAACACAUUGGAUUUAGGCAGCUACCCAUAACAGUGGGUAUAUUUAGCAGCACGAAACAGUGAGGUUUUAGCUUAAAUAAGACAGUCUUAAUGCUGGUAUAAAAUGUCAGUAUAUAAGAAUGUUAAAUUUACUUAUGACAGUUUAUUGGUUAGCCCUAUGAUCAGUGGGUUCAGAGCUGUAUCGCCAGGAGUUUUGAUUUGUAACUGAAUAGUAAUCUAUUUCGAUAUAAAAGCCAUAUAUGCCAUAUACAUGUCUUAACAUAAGCAAACAAUACAGAAAUUCUUGUUUAAUUUCGUUUGUAAUUUUAAAAAUGUUCGAAUACCAGUCAAGAUAUAUGCAGGUAGCCAUGGCAAGCGAACCUACUAAAUAAAUAAUACUACUAUGAGAUAUAAAAGAUCAUAUAGUAUAAUGACAUACAAGAACGCCAAACCAUGUUAUAUAUUAAGUUAUAAAUCAGUGAAUCAGCUUGAGUAAGGGUAUACACGAAUUUUUAAAUUUAUCCAAGAAACAAAAAUUAUGCACAAUACCUGCUAGUUUGCAAUUGAAUGUUUUUUUUUUAAUAUACCAACAAAAAAUGCCCUAAAUAAAUGUAAUUAUAAUAGACACUAAAGGAACAGUAUAGAACACUUCGAUUCCAGCGAUAACGAUGGAUCGGAACGAUGUUUUCCAUAUAACAAAAUAAACAAAUAUUUCCUUAAGUGCUAUAUUAUUAGACCUUAAAUUAAAACAAAGAAACAUUGCCUUGAUUUGAAUUCGAUAAAAAAAGUAGAUACUAAGUAAAGCAGUGGCAGGAGAUAAUUGCCAUAUUUACGGAUAUUAUACCAUAACCAUUUCCCAUAUGGAAUAUCAAUAUUAACUUUAAUUGUAGAGCAUUGCUAUUAGCUGUAAGUCGCGUUUAAUUCAACUCUAAACAAAGCACUAAAACCAAAAAAAACAACGAUAAUGGAGGGGAAAGUAUAAAACCGAAAAUUAAUUCUUCAAACAUAUCCGGUAAAAUAAAUAAAUAUAUAUGAGGCGGGCGCAUUACUGUAACAUUACAUUACAUAUCUCUAUGAUAUACAUACAUAUAUAUAAA